CGGGGCGUCCUCCUGCUCGCUCUGUCAGGACUGGGGGGCCCGCGGCGGCGGUCGCAGCGGUAGCGGCGGCACCAUGUUUCUUCCCUCAGUCAACCUCUGGAACCUGGCAUUUUAUGUCCUCAUGAUCUUCAUGGCAACCCUGGGGCUGUGGGACGUCUUCUUCGGCUUCGAAGAGAACAAGUGCAGUAUGAGCUACAUGUUUGAGUACCCGGAGUAUCAGAAAAUAGAACUUCCAAAGAAGCUGGCAAAACGUUAUCCUGCAUAUGAAUUAUAUCUUUAUGGAGAAGGAUCCUAUGCUGAAGAACACAAAAUUCUUCCUUUGACAGGUAUUCCAGUUCUCUUUCUUCCUGGUAAUGCUGGAAGUUAUAAGCAAGUUCGUUCUGUUGGCUCCAUUGCGCUUAGAAAAGCAGAAGAUAUUGACUUCAAGUACCGUUUUGACUUCUUCAGUGUGAAUUUCAAUGAAGAACUGGUGGCACUGUAUGGUGGAAGUCUUGAGAAGCAGACCAAGUUUGUACAUGAAUGUAUUAAAACAAUACUCAAACUCUAUAAGGGUCAAGAAUUUGCUCCAAAAAGUGUGGCUAUAAUUGGCCAUUCUAUGGGUGGUCUUGUUGCAAGAGCAUUGCUUACAUUGAAAAAUUUUAAACAAGAUCUGAUAAAUCUUCUUAUUACACAAGCCACACCUCAUGUUGCUCCUGUGAUGCCAUUAGAUCGUUUCAUUACAGAUUUUUAUAUGACUGUAAACAACUAUUGGAUUUUAAAUGCUGAACAUAUAAAUUUAACCACGCUUUCUGUAGCUGGAGGAUUUCGGGAUUACCAAGUUCGUUCAGGACUGACUUUUCUACCAAAAUUAAGCCAUCAUACCAGUGCCUUAUCUGUCGUGAGUUCAGCAGUGCCUAAGACAUGGGUCUCAACAGACCACCUUUCCAUUGUAUGGUGUAAACAAUUGCAACUGACUACAGUUCGAGCAUUCUUUGAUCUUAUUGAUGCUGACACUAAACAAAUAACUCAGAAUCCCAAGAAGAAAUUAUCAGUUUUGAAUCACCACUUUAUAAGACACCCAGCAAAACACUUUGAAGAAAAUCCCACGAUAAUUUCUGACUUAACAGGGACAUCUAUGUGGGUUCCAGUAAAAGUGUCCAAAUGGACCUAUGUGGCUUACAAUGAAUCUGAUAAGAUAUAUUUUACAUUUCCUCUUGCAAAUCAUAGAAAAAUCUACACUCAUGUCUAUUGUCAGAGCACCAUGCUGGAUACAAAUAGUUGGAUUUUUGGCUGCAUAAACAGCACUUCUAUGUGCCGGCAAGGGGUUGAUUUAUCAUGGAAAGCUGAACUUCUGCCAACAAUUAAGUCUCUGACGUUAAGACUUCAAGACUACCCAUCUUUAUCUCAUCUUGUUGUUUAUGUACCAUCUAUUCAUGGAAGUAAGUUUGUUGUAGAUUGUGAAUUCUUUAAAAAAGAGACAAGAUCCAUACAGCUUCCUGUUACUCAUCUUUUUUCCUUUGGAUUAUCUUCAAGGAAAGUGAUAUUAAAUUCAAGUGGCCUGUUCUAUAAUAUAGAGCUUCUUAACUUUGGACAGAUAUAUCAAGCUUUUAAAGUCAACGUAGUAAGCAAGUGCUCAGGAGCCAAAGAAGAAAUAACUAGUAUCUAUAAACUUCAUAUUCCCUGGUCUUAUGAAGAUUCACUAACCAUUGCACAGGUUCCAUCUAACACAGAAAUUUCUGUGAAGCUCCAUGUUGCUCAGCCAGAUAAUGAUAGCCAUGUAGCAUUACUAAAAAUGUAUACAUCAUCAGACUGUCAGUAUGAGGUGACAGUUAAGACUUCCUUUUCACAAAUACUUGGACAGAUUGUGAGAUUUCAUGGUGGAGCUGUCCCUGCUUAUGUCGUAUCUAGCAUUCUUCUUGCUUAUGGAGGACAGUUAUCCUCUCUUUUCUUAACAGGUCAUUGCUUAGAAUAUGCUACUAUGUUGGAUAAAGAAGCCAAACCAUACAAAGUCGAUCCUUUUGUAAUUAUGAUUAAAUUUCUCUUGGGAUAUAAAUGGUUUAAAGAACUAUGGGAUGUAUUAUUAUUACCAGAAUUAGAUGCCAUCGUUUUAACUAGUCAGAGUAUGUGUUUCCCCCUUGUUUCCUUGAUUCUCUUUCUAUUUGGAACGUGUACUGCCUAUUGGGGUGGACUACUCUCUUCUACAACUGUGAGACUGCUUUCUUCAUUGUGGCUGGCUUUGAAAAGGCCUUCUGAACUUCCUAAAGAUAUCAAGAUGUUAUCACCAAAUUUGCCCUGUUUGACAAUUAUUUUGAUCAUAGUUAGUUGGACAACUUGUGGAGCAUUUGCCAUACUUCUUACUUACCUUUAUUAUGUGUUUAAGAUUGUUCAUCUGCAAGCCAGCAUAACAACUUUGAAAAAUAGCCAUCCUGUGAAUCCUAAACACUCUAGAAGAAGUGAAAAAAAAUCCAAUCAUCAUAAAGACUCUACAGUACACAAUCUUCAUUUGUCUGCCAGCGAUGCUGAAGAUAGUCUCCGCAUGCACAGUACUGUGAUUAACUUACUAACAUGGAUUGUGUUACUCAGUAUGCCAUCUUUAAUUUAUUGGUUAAAGAAUCUUAGGUAUUACUUUAAACUUAAUCCUGACCCAUGUAAACCUUUAGCAUUUGUCCUUAUUCCAACUGUGGCAGUUUUAGGAAACACUUACACUGUUUCAAUAAAAUCAAGUAAAUUGUUGAAGACUGCGUCACAAUUUCCACUUCCUCUGGCUGUUGGUGUGAUUGCUUUUGGGUCAGCACACUUAUACCGGGUUCCGUGUUUUAUCUUUAUCCCCCUUUUACUCCAUGCACUAUGCAACUUUAUGUAAAUUGGAUUUAAGGAAGAUAAAGAUGUUACAUGCCUUAAGACUAGAGUUGAGAGCAAACGCACAGAUCCAUCAGUGUGGACAAGCCGGUCCUUUCGAGAAGACACAUCUAUUUUUACAAUAUUGAAUAUAUGAAAUUAGUUUUGUAAUGCUUGAGGAAACAGUUGAAGCAUGGUUUUGUUUUGUGGUAAGGCAUCUGUGUACUAGUUACUUUUGAAAAAUUAGAAAAGUUUUUGGUGGCCGCUAUCAUUGAGAACUCCUCUGCAUAUCACCUAGUCUACUCGUGUAUAGUGGGGGUCUUGUCCUAAACACUCAAGUGAAUGUAACAUUGUUUGUAGUCUCACCUCAAGCAUUCUGAUCAUUUUAUCAAACUUUCCUCUGAAAAGUGGGUAACUUUGCAUUUGCUACUGUAUACAUAUUGAGAAGUCCUAAAGGAAUGAUGAAACCCACAACUAUUUAUUCCUCAAAAUGAAAUAGCUACCUAAAAUCUUUGGUCAGUUUUGGCAGCCACAGUGAACAAAGUAAGUCUUAGGUUUUUUUUUUUUUUAUAUCUAUGAAAAUAUAACUUUUAAUUAUAAGAAAAUAUCUUUUCCUGGUAACCAAUGCAAGACUGAUGGAUAAAAACAUCUUUCAAAUUCAAAACCUAAUGAAAUUUGUUACCUUUCAUAUGGGAAUCUUAUUUUGUAUUUUUGGUUACUAUCAGAAGACUACUAAGAUAUAUUAUUAAAUUAAAAAAAAUUCUCAGAUAUUUAAUGACAGUGAAGUAGUUCAGUUGUUCAGUCUCUAUGCCAUUUUAUUUAAUUCAUUGACCCAUGGUUGCCAAAAGUGCCUCAAGUCUUGAUGGAUCAUUAAAAUAACUAAACUCCAAUGGUCAGAAAAAAACUCUAAGUUUGCUUAAUUUUUGGCCAUUGUGAGGAUAAAAAGCAUCAUGAGUAAGUGCAGUACCACAUUUAACAUAUGAAAUUAUCCUAUUAAUGAAUUAAUGGUAGAGAAACCAUUAUCCCAUUAAUAGCAUAAAAAUAAAUAGUAUUCCUGAAUAAAUUUGAAGCUUAACCACUAGGUUUAACAGUGGAAUCUUAAUUUUUAAUCAAGGUGAUUGCUAUUUCACAGAUCGAGAGUAAUAUUUCUAUUUCAUUUUAAAUUUCAGCUCACUUUCUACUACAAAAGAGUAGGAACUAGUUAAUAGAGCAAGGAUAUCUUUGCCUUCAGAGAGUGAACUCUGACUGAAGUAUACCUAGCUCAUAGAGCCCUUCCUUUAAACGAGUGUGUUGUGAACCCCCAAAACCUCUCAAGUAAAGUCCUUAUUAAGUCCAGUAAUUUACAGUUGUGGUGAACUUGCUUGUAACCUUGUUACUACCCAGAGAUGUCCUAGAGGACCAGAUGUCCUGAUGUCUUUGCAUCAGGAUUCCAUUUCAAUCUCUCAGCUGUUACUGCCUAUAUAGAGGGUUACCCCCACUUUACUGCCUAGGAAGGGUUACCCCACUUCUCGUUGUUCCUCAGGACCUUGCUACUGUCAGUUGAAGAGUCUUGCUAUUAUUAUUACCUCUGAGGGUUGUAAGUUUGUUUGAUUUCAUUGUUGUCUUUCCCAACUUCAUGCCUAUUAUUCAAUAUUCAUAUUUUCACUUACUGAGAGCAUUAGAGGGAAGUAUUAUAACCUCAUAGUAGACAUGGCAGAUAUAUCAAGCACUUGUUUGAGAGAAGAAGCAAAAGGGGUAAAAUACUUGUAUGUUCAGUGUCUGGAAGAGAGGUUACUAUAUUACGCACUUUUCCCGUGGCAUACCACAUUCAUAUUUAAAUAAGGACACAUCUGCCUAUGUUUAGCUAUACAUAGACUCAUAAGCAACUUUUAUACACAUGGUACCUUUUUUAUUCAGGAUGAUUAUUUUUUGCCAUAAUUGACAUGUACUGAUUUCAGGUGUGCAACAUAACAAUUCAUUGCAAAGUGAUCACAGUCAGUCUAGUUAAUGUUCAUUAUCUUACAUAUAAAAAUUGAGUGUCUGAUGGUGACUUUUAAGGUGCACUCUCAAAUGUAAUUUUUACCCCCAUCAGUAUUAUAGUUACCUUUCAAGUUAUAGAUUAAAUGUGUCCAUUAACUAUUUCUGAAUUUAACGUAGGUUCGUAUACAAAAAGAACUUUAGAAAAUUCAUUAAUUUAGAUCUUCUAUUGACACCAAUUGAUAAUCGUAUUUAUGCGAUCUCCAGUCUCCUUGUUCACUUGGUACUGCUCAUGAAUAAAAUAAAACUUUUAAAUUUCUCAUCUGUGAGUAGUACAUUUAGCUUUUAAUUUUUUUCUUGUGUUUUUAAAAUAAAAAUAGAGUUAUUUUAUUGAUUAUAUAAUUUCAGCUAUAUUAAUAUAUAUUAUAAACUUUAUGCAUAAUUUAUUAAAAGCAGCAGACUAGGUACACAUACUCACACUGAAAUAUUUUAAUGUGUAUGUAGUUGCCAAGACCUAAAGUCUUAUUCCAACAAAUUAUUUCACUUCAAGACUAUAAAAUUAUACUUAUUAAACAUUUUAUAAAUAUCAGUAAUUGGGUCUUUAGCCAUUAUAUGCAAAUAAAUGCAAUCUUUUGUGCAUACAUUUUGACAGGGUCUUCAUCAAGUAUUGACGCACUUUAAACCCUUAUCACUACCAGAGAUAGGAAGUUAGGUUCAUCUGAAGAUGUUUGCAUGACUUGAGAAAUUGUCCUUUUGUCUUUAAGUUAUACAUUGUUUCUGAAAUACUUAUAAUCCAGCAUAGAUUUAUUAGCAAUGUUACUAAAACUUACACUGCUUUUUGCCACUUAGGGAUUAUCUAAUUCAGCAAACUUCUGAGCUUUACUAUUAAAACAUUUUUGUAUUUGUUGACUUUUGAGUAAGUUUUAAACUUAAUGCAAAUUCUUUUGGAAACCCAUUGUUGAUAAUUAGAUCAAAUAUAGAUUGGACAGGAAAAUACUGAAUACUUUCAGUGUUUUUAAAGCUUCCUAUGGAGUUACUAUUAAAAUUUGGAGCUGAUAAUGGAAAUUAUUUUCUGGGUCUUUUUCACACCAGAAAUUAAAUAAGUUUCCAACUUGUUCCUUGGUUGUCACCAGAGUGAAAAUAUCUAAAACAGUAGUUCUAAAAAAAAAACACUGUGCCUGGUUAACCCUUAUUUUCAGUCUCCUCAAUAUAUAUUAAUCAUAUUUUGCUUGGUGUUUUUUUUUUUCAUGUUUUUGUCAGAUAAAUUCAGAUGUAUAUAAUGGAAUACUUUUUCUUGAUUGAACUAUAUAUACUAUGUUACCUACAUGAUUAUACAGUAAGGAGAAAGAAGUAAAGGACUAUAGUAGGCCUCAUAAAUGUUAUUGGUUAUCCUAUCACUCAUGUGGAAGGAACACUUUUCCACUCCCCCACCCCACCCCACAAUCUUAUAUAAGGCAGAUUAUCUGAUUUGUUCAUAUGCUUUUUUAACUCUUCAAGACUUUCACUCAUAGUAUAGUUUAUUCAUUUCACCUCUCUGCUCAUUAGUACCUCUUACAGAAUGUGGACAAUGAAAAUAAAAGGAAAUAAAAUUAAAUUUUUAGUUUCCUCAAUCCUCAGAUAAUUCUGCUGACCUUUAUUUUCAUCUUAGGCAUUAGGUCUAAAUUAGUGUGAUAUCUUGCCUUAGUAUGAGGUAUAGUGCAAAACUCCAGAGUGCUAUGUUUGCUAUUUUAUUAUAGCAGCUUGUUACUAAAAUCAUUUGGCUAAAGUGAAAUAUGUUGGGAUCUUCUACAAUGAGGCAUUUGAUUAUUUUCCAUGAUCACUUUAGUUUUCUCGGUGUUUUAGAUUUAUGAAUUUAUAUGCCAUAGGAAACAAGAUACCUUGUGAAGUUUUGGGAGAAAGUCAACUUGGAGAGCUUAAAGUUCCCCAGGACCAAGGAAGCAACAAAAUUAUCUUUGUAUUAUGAAAUUAGACUCUGAGAGGAAACUUCCUUAAUACAUAGGCAAAUGUAGAAGAGACUUUUACAAAGUAGUAAGAUGAUUGGAGCUGAAAUUUUGUCCCAAUCUUUUUGAACAAAGAACAACAUGUUAAAUUCUAUAAAAUUGUUUACUUAUACAUGUUACUCAUGCAUCCUUUCACAAAGUUUUAACAGCCUAAGGAAAUAGAAAUUCUGUGAGGGUACUAGUAUCUUUACUUAUUUUUUUCCUCCAUGAAAGAAUACAGAGUUUAAUCAUUUGCUUGAGAGACAGACAUCUCAAGGGAGAUGGAGAGAGAUUAUUGUUUACAAUGUGGUUUUGUUUAAAAGCUCUUACAUGCUAUAACACAGAAAAGCCUUGACAACAUGCUAAAUUAAAGAACCUAGUCACCAAGAACCACAUACUGAAUUAUCUCAUUUAUAUUGUGUAUAAAACAGGCAAAUCCAUAGAGACAGAAAACAGAUUAGUAGGGGCAGAGAGGAUGGUGGUGGUGGUAGUGGUGGUGUGUGUGUGUGUUAGGGGUAGAUGGGAGAAAUGACUAAGGCGUAUGGGGUUUCUUCUUGGGGUAAUAAAUGUGCUAAGCCUGAUUGUGGUGGUGAGUACAAUAAGGAUGAUAGGAAAGAAAAGACAGCUCAGUAAUCUAAAUCUGAAUAUGUACUUGUAAAUGCUCAAUAUUUUACAUUUUUGAUAAAUUAUGAGUACAGAAGACUGAGUUUUAUAUAUCAAUAUCUUAGUUUUCAGCAUGGAAUAAAAUUUGAAAGUAGACUGAUUUUUUCCAUUAAUGGUAUAAAUGUAACAGUGCACCUUAAUUCAUAGCAUAUGUUUUUCAAGGUUAGAUGAUAGUCUAAGCUACAUGUUGAUUACAUUGUCUAAUGGUUGAAAAUUUUUAAAUCAAGUACAGUACUUUCUUGAAGUGUUUGGCGCAUUAUAUUGCCAAAAAUGACUGUUUUGAAAUAUCAUGUAACCAGUUAAUUUCUGAUGACUUUGUAUAGGAUAUUUAUAUAUAUAUAUAUAUAUUUAUGUGUCAGAAUUAUUCUGUGUUCAUUCUGUACAUUGUAACUUUGAACACUUAUGAAAACUGUAUCUUUGGUGUAUUUUGAUUAGUGUUAAACAUUUGUUUGCAUAUUUGGAUACUAGUCUUGGUAAGCAGUCUAAAAGUAGCCAUUUUUGUAAAGUUCAUAUGCUAUUCUUUUAGUGUUAUUUUGGUUUUUAAUAUGAUUUAGUAGUAAUGUUCCUAACAAAAGAUUUAUAGACAAACCAUAGAACUAUUAACAGUUCAAAAGCCUAAAUAAUAGGAAUGUUUUGUAUUUCAUGUUAUACUUGUUUUGAAUUUUAAUUGAACUUCUUACAUCCCUUUUUUCAGAGAAAAUAUGUUUAAAUUCCUUUUUAACAUAAAAUUCUACAUUGGAAAAUUAACUGUAUUUAUAUGGUUAGCAAAAUACACUUUGCCACCAAAGCUAAACAAAACUAUAAAAUACCUCUUGAUAUUUGUGCCAAUGAACUUUUCUAGUAUAUUGGGAUUAAAGCAAAACUAAUCUUUUCAGUGUUUUUCAUCUAGGAUGUAUAUUAAAUUUGUAAGUGAUCAAAACUUAUAUUCCAUACCUUAAUUUUUGUUUGAAAAUAUUUAAGACUUAUACCAUAGUAUAUUCUAUUUUUUCUGAUUUGUGGAAAAUGUUCUCUUAUUUUAUUGGGUAAACCCAGCAAUAAUAAGUAAUUAAUUGAAGUUACCUUCCUUCAGAUUUGUUUUGUGAUGUAAAACCUUAAGUAUUUUUUGCACAGAUCAUUUUUAGUACGGGUGUCUCUCAUUUAUGUAAUAGGAAGUUUAUUGUGGAAUUUCUUUUGUUUACAUAUUUCCAUCCAGUCCCUUUAUAUAGUGACAUGUCUCAUAGAAGAAAAUUAUCCACUAGAACCUAAAGUAGUACACAUAAGUAAAUAUUAUCAAAAGCAUAUGUUUUAUGAUUGAGAUUCUUUAAUUUCUCCUUUUUAGAAAUUCUCAAAGGGAAUUUCAGUCCCUCAUAUUAUAGCCGUUUUCAUCAUUUAAUGUGACUUACUGUUUCUGUGCCCGAUAAUUGAUGUAGUUUGCAUAAGUACCCUUGAAAGUUAAGAGGUAACAGAAAGCCAAAUACUAAAAUUUUUCGCCUUGAUUUAGUGAUACUUUAUCUAACUAUCUGAUGGGGACUUUGGAUGAAAUUAGUGAAAAGAUGAUGUAUAACCCUAAAAUUUCAGUGGACAUUGUAUUUGGGAAUGAGUUUGUCCUUUGUGUUGAAUGAUUUCAUCCUAAGUAGUAGGAGAUGCCUGUAUUUAACACAACCAUGCUUUGUAUAUAAUCAAAUAUAUAUUUGUUGGUAUUUUGGUAGAGAUAACCUUAUUCUCUACUAUAAAGAGGAAAAAAACUCCAAUUUUUACUGUAUAUAAAUUAGAAAAUUGUAUAUUUACAUUUUAAGAAAUAUAAAAAUGACUUAAAAGUUAUUUUGAAGUGAUUGUUUUACAGUUUCUUAAACUUAUGACUAACUAUAAAUGUAGCAAUGUACCGAUGAGAAACCAGACCAAAAUUGAGUGUGUGUUAUCACUGUGACCUUGAACUUAUAGUCGUUUGGGAUAAAAUAGAUUGUGCCUUAAAAUGAUGAAGGAAUGCCCUGCAAUUUUGUACCUAUUAUAUUUGAUAAUGGGUGGUCUUCUCAAUUUGGCUCUAAAUCUUUUUCUUUGAAGUAAAGUUCUAAAAUAAAAGUUGACCAGUAUUCAUUCCCCUUAGUGUUUUUGGAACUAUUGCUCUAGAGACUUCUUUUAAUUUCCAGAGUUCUCAUUUCAAAUUAAAUUGACUUACAUUUUCUGAAAUUUAUUUUAGGAGAAGGUGGUGGUACUUACGUUCUGACCUUAUUACACAUGGGAAAACUUCUCUUCAAAUGUACUUGUCCUUUUAAUGAGUACUUUGUCAAAGAUAUGAACUAUUCCUUAAGACCUGUACUUUUUCCCUAAGAACUAUAUUGAAGCUUGUGUAUUUAUAUAUCAAACAAAGUCAGAUUACCCAACAAUGAUUUUCAGUAAUUAAAGUAAAAUCAGAUUCAUGUAGUAUAUUUUUAAACCUUAUUUCCCUCCCUUUUUUCUUUCUAUUUUUAAGCUAUUAAGGGAGAACUGGCUCUAAUUUGUUUAAUGUAAAGAUUUGUGGCUUUUACUGUGAUUAUUUCAAAGAGCAGAUAUAAUUUCUAUUAAAGCAAAUUAUUCCAUUUAUGUGACAAUCCAGGUCUCUUCUAAAAGAUGUGUAUUCAGAAUUUGUUGUAUAUUUUUCAGUUUCAACUUUGAACACAAACUCAACACAUUUCUCUCUUCCCAUUUCACCUCCACUACCUCUCCCCCCAAAAUAUAGGUUUCUCUAAAAAUGUGUAGAAAGAAAACAUGUUUUUCCUUAAGCAUGGUCAAAUUGAGAUGGAAGUAGUUUGGAUAAGGUUAUGUUAUAAAUUAAAAUACAUAGCUAUUAACCUGCAUUAGUUUGUGUAUUAUGGUUAUAAGUUUGUAGAGGAAAAGCUAUGUCUUAUUCUGAGAUAGACUCAGUAAUCAUUUAUUUGCAAAUUGAUAAUUUUGUUCUCAUCUGAAAAAUACAGUGCAUAGUAACAGUACUUAACAGUGCAAAGGAACUUGUCUAAUAUUAUAUUCUGAAAAAUAAUUGUCACCUUGCAUAUCUUUCCAUUUAAGUAUGCAUGUUCUCCUCCAGAAUUUGUACAAUGUAUGGUGUAUUAAAUACAUUUAUGUGUAAAUUUUUUUGCAUUUUUUUUGUAUGGGGUAAUUAACAUUGCAUUUAACUGGUUGUAAUUCACAAAAAAAGUGCUGUUUAUUGUACUCUGUCGAGUGUUGUGUUUUUAUCUGUGUUUCAAUAUUAUGGUGUAAGGUUUAAUAGAUGAAUAUUUGCCUUCAGUCUCUGCUCAGGUAUUAAUGUGUAGCAAUUUUUGGUGCUUUCUUUUUAACCUGUCUGCCAUAAUUUGAUGUUUUGAGUGUUCAACAAUAAAU